AACACCUGCUACAUGAACUCCAUCCUGCAGGUGCUCAGCCACCUCCAGAAGUUCCGCGAAUGUUUUCUGAACCUCGACCCUUCCCAGACCCAACAGCUGUUUCCCAAGGCCCCCAACGGGAAGGCUCCGCUCUCGGGCAGGCCCGCCGGCGGCUCGGCCACCGAGCUGUCGGCCAGGAGCGAUGGGGCCGAGGCGUGCGAGCGGGAGGGCCUCUGCUUCAACGGCGGGGCCUCCAUCAGCAGGAGCCUAGAACUCAUCCAGAACAAGGAGCCGAGCUCAAAGCACAUUUCCCUCUGUCACGAACUGCACACCCUCUUCCGAGUCAUGUGGUCCGGGAAGUGGGCCCUGGUGUCGCCCUUCGCCAUGCUUCACUCGGUGUGGAGCCUGAUCCCCGCCUUCCGCGGCUAUGACCAGCAGGAUGCGCAGGAAUUCCUCUGCGAGUUGUUGCACAAAGUGCAGCAAGAGCUCGAGUCCGAGGGCACCACGCGCCGGAUCCUCAUCCCCUUCUCCCAGAGGAAGCUCACCAAACAGGUCUUAAAGGUGGUGAACACCAUAUUCCACGGGCAGCUACUCAGUCAGGUCACAUGUGUAUCAUGCAAUUAUAAAUCCAAUACCAUUGAGCCCUUUUGGGAUCUGUCCCUGGAAUUCCCUGAACGGUAUCACUGCAUAGAAAAGGGGUUUGUCCCUUUGAAUCAGACAGAGUGCCUGCUCACUGAGAUGCUGGCCAAGUUCACAGAGACAGAGGCCCUGGAAGGGAGAAUCUACGCUUGUGACCAGUGUAACAGCAAACGACGAAAAUCCAAUCCCAAACCCCUUGUUCUGAGUGAAGCUAGAAAGCAGUUAAUGAUCUACAGACUACCUCAGGUCCUCCGGCUGCACCUUAAAAGAUUCAGGUGGUCUGGCCGUAAUCAUCGAGAGAAGAUUGGGGUCCAUGUCGUCUUUGACCAGGUAUUAACCAUGGAACCUUACUGCUGCAGGGACAUGCUCUCCUCUCUUGACAAAGAGACCUUUGCCUAUGAUCUCUCCGCAGUGGUCAUGCAUCACGGGAAAGGGUUUGGCUCAGGACACUACACAGCCUAUUGCUACAACACAGAGGGAGGUUUUUGGGUCCACUGCAAUGACUCAAAGCUGAAUGUAUGCAGUGUCGAGGAAGUGUGCAAAACUCAAGCCUACAUCCUUUUUUACACUCAAAGAACAGUUCAGGGCAAUGCAAGAAUUUCAGAAACCCAACUCCAAGCUCAGGUGCAGUCCAGCAACAACGAUGAGGGCAGACCACGGUCCUUCCCCUGAAUGGGAGGCACGUUUCAAGGACUGGCUUGCUUUUAAACUAUUGGUGUUCGUAUAUCUUUCCUCUUACAGGAAAUAAGGUUUAGUGCAGGAACAGAGUACUAGGUUUGCCUCACUGGGGCUACAGCAGAGAAGGUGCUAGGUGACUCAUGUUCUGUCAUAAAAUCUGUAGUCACUUUCUUUUGAAUGGAUUUGGGAAUUCCCUCCUUUGAUAACAAAUCAAAAGGAGUAACUUCUAUGAAGAUUCUUUCAUCAGUUGCUUCUGAAUAGAGAGGAUCUGGGUGGAGGAAAGAGGGGGUAAAUUGAUCAUAUGCAGCCGGGAGAGCAGCCAUGUUUUCUUUCCAUUACGCGAUUCCCCCACUAAUCAGGACUUCCUUGCGGCCCCAGAAGAACCCUCCUGAUGUGAGCAGCCCUGGACAGAGCACGUGAGGUGGGGCCCUGGGCUGGCAGUUUGCUGGAUGGGAUUGGUUCCAAGGCAAGAGGUGAAUAAUGCUUUGUCCCCACAAAGGAAGUAAAGGGUUGAAACCCCUUUCAACCCCACAAAGAGUUGAAAACUUCCAGACUUCCUUUUUUUAGGGGAUAGCAGUGGAAGAGUGGAAUGGGAUGCAUAGAGCAAAUUUGCCCCAUGCAAAACGGGAGGUUUUUCAAGUGUCCUACCCUCCCUGGCUGCUGCUGUCAUUUAAUCAUUCCACGUCGUCUUGAGACUGGCAUGAACGUCCCUUCAUUCUAAAGAAGGAGCAGUUCAUAUGGGGAAGCAAUAAACUGGUCCAUGACUUGUUCUUUGUUGCAUGCUGAGCCUAAGGGCACCCCUGGCUACCCAGUUCUGUAGCAUGUCUCUGGUUCGGGUGUAGGGUAAGCACAUGGUUUGGUGUAAAUUGGUCAUUAGGCCAGUUGUCUGAGGCUGUCUCAGAACUCAGUUGAGGGUAGGCAGGGAUAGCUGGUGGUCCAGGCCUUAUCUGAAUGCCCAUCACCUGUUCUCACCUUGGUGCAGCAUGCAGCUUUUCUUAGCCUGCAGCUUCUUUCUUGCACCUGGAGGGCUAGAACAUUCUUGUUCAGCACAAGGUUUGGGAACUUCUGCUUUCCUAGGGCUUAGGAAUCUGCCCCCAUAUGUCCGAACAGUUCAUGCUGCUGGUCCUGGCCUGUUUCCUCCCAAAUUUGAUAAUCCCUACUGUUUGUUUACCCACCUACACUCAGUCCAUCGGAGAGGAAAAAAAAAAAAAAGAGUGCCCUGUCCUUUACUUAAGUGCUAGUGAAAUACAUAUUUCUUUUUAUACGGGGUCAGUUUCUAAGUGGAAUGAAAUUGCCUGGAUGGAAACCCUCCUCCUCAUCAGGCACUACUGAAUUUCCCUUCUCAGUCCUGCAGUAAAAGUGAACGCAAACCGGAACUCUGACUGCGGGGGCUGCUGCAGCCCGCCUCAGCCUGUCACUAUGAAUGCUCAUCUUCUGACUGAGUGUAUCAUAUUAAUGUUUCAAUUCAGGUAGAAGUCACAGUUGUCACUUGAAGGAACCAGAUGUGGAGGGAGUUUGGGGAACGGUGGGAGGUUGGGAAAAGAGCGGGUAAGAAUGAGAGUCGUAGCUUGGGGGGGGUGUUGAUGAGCCCCAUUUCCAGAGCAGAUCUGUAGCAUUUGCUGUUGACCUCUUUUGAGAUGGACUCUCCCAUAGGACCUGUCAGACAGCACUGAGACAUGGAGGAAAUUCAGACAGAAAAUGGCUCACCCUGAUAAAGAAGGGGGAGUGAUUAUAUUUUAAAUUAAACUUGCUUUUUCCAACACUG